AUGGAGGACAGGUACUACCCAGUGAUUUUCCCAGAUGAGCGCAAUUUCCGCCCCUUUACUUCCGACUCUCUGGCUGCAAUAGAGAAGCGGAUCGCCAUCCGAAAGGAGAAGAAGAAGUCCAAAGACAACGCAGCAGCUGAGCCCCAGCCUCGGCCUCAGCUUGACCUAAAGGCCUCCAGGAAGUUACCUAAGCUUUAUGGUGACAUUCCCCGUGAUCUGACAGCGAAGCCCCUGGAAGACCUGGACCCAUUCUACAGAGACCAUAAGACAUUCAUGGUGUUGAACAAGAAGAGGACAAUAUAUCGCUUCAGUGCCAAGCGGGCCUUGUUCAUUUUGGGACCUUUCAAUCCUGUCAGAAGUUUAAUGAUUCGAAUCUCUGUCCAUUCGGUCUUCAGCAUGUUCAUCAUCUGCACGGUGGUCAUCAACUGUAUGUUAAUGGCCUAUUACGGGGACAGAAGUUCAGACAAGGACUCUGUUUUAGAAUACAUCUUCACCGGGAUUUAUAUUUUAGAAGCUGUGAUUAAAAUAUUGGCAAGAGGCUUCAUCCUGGAUGAGUUUUCCUUUCUCCGAGACCCGUGGAACUGGCUGGAUUUCAUUGUCAUUGGAACAGCGAUCGCAACUUGUUUUCCAGGAACCAAAGUCAAUCUUUCAGUUCUUCGUUCCUUCCGAGUGUUUAGAGCUCUGAAAGCAAUAUCUGUUGUUUCAGGUCUGAAGGUUAUUGUUGGGGCUCUGCUACGCUCUGUGAAGAAGUUGGUGGACGUGAUGAUCCUCACCCUCUUCUGCCUGAGCAUCUUUGCCCUGGUUGGUCAGCAGCUCUUCAUGGGAAUUCUGAACCAGAAAUGUAUUAAGCCCGACUGUGGCCCGGACCCUACGUCCAACCAGGAUUGCUUUGCAAAGGAAAAUAACAGUGAUGACUUCAUGAUGUGUGGCACCUGGUUGGGCAGCAGAUCCUGUCCUAAUGGUUAUACAUGCAAUAAAACCUCAUUUAACCCCGACUAUAAUUAUACGAACUUUGACAACUUCGGCUGGUCCUUUCUUGCCAUGUUCCGGGUUAUGACUCAAGAUUCCUGGGAGAAGCUUUAUCGACAGAUCCUCCGGACCUCUGGAAUCUACUUUGUCUUCUUCUUUGUGGUGGUCAUCUUCCUGGGUUCUUUCUAUCUGCUCAACUUAACCCUGGCUGUUGUCACCAUGGCUUAUGAAGAACAGAACCGGAAUGUAGCUGCAGAGACAGAGGCCAAGGAAAAGAUGUUUCAAGAAGCCCAGCAGCUGUUAAGGGAGGAGAAAGAGGCUCUGGUUGCCAUGGGAAUCGACAGAAGUUCACUUAAUUCCCUUCAAGCAUCAUCCUUUUCUCCAAAGAAGAGAAAGUUUUUUGGUAGUAAGACAAGAAAGUCCUUCUUUAUGGGAAAGUCUAAGAAGAAUCGAGCCUCAGCAUCAGAUUCAGAAGAUGAUUCCUCUAAAAACCCACAGCUCCUUGAGCAAACCAAACGACUGUCCCAGAACUUGCCGAUGGACCUCUUUGAUGAGCGUGUAGACCCCUUCCACAGGCAGAGGGCACUGAGUGCCGUCAGCAUCCUGACCAUCACCAUGCAAGAACAAGAAAGAUCCCAGGAGCCUUGUCUCCCAUGUGGGAAAAACUUGGCAUCUAAGUACUUGGUGUGGGACUGUAGCCCUCGGUGGCUGUGCAUAAAGAAGGUCCUGAGGACCGUGGUGACAGACCCCUUCACUGAGCUGGCCGUCACCAUCUGCAUCAUAAUCAACACCAUCUUCCUGGCCAUGGAACACCACGACAUGGAUGACGCUUUUAUAAAUCUACUGAAAAUAGGAAACUGGGUUUUCACUGGGAUUUUCAUGGCAGAAAUGUGUCUAAAGAUUAUCGCACUGGACCCUUACCACUACUUCCGUCAUGGCUGGAACAUCUUCGACAGCAUUGUUGCCCUUGUGAGUCUCGCCGAUGUACUACUCAACAGCCUGUCCGACAGCAACAGUCGCCGCUCAAAUCGCAGGUUCUUGGCUUCCUUCAGAGUGCUGAGAGUCUUCAAGUUAGCCAAAUCCUGGCCCACUUUAAACACUCUCAUUAAGAUUAUUGGCCACUCUGUGGGUGCGCUUGGAAACCUGACAGUGGUCCUGAGCAUUGUGGUCUUCAUUUUCUCCGUGGUUGGCAUGCAGCUUUUUGGCAACACCUUCAACAAGACCUCCUGUACUGCACAGGAGCCGUGCAUGCGGCGCUGGCACAUGGGAGAUUGCUAUCACUCCUUCCUGGUGGUGUUCCGCAUCCUCUGCGGGGAAUGGAUUGAGAACAUGUGGGAAUGUAUGCAGGCCGUGAAAGGCUCUACACUGUGUGUCAUCGUCUUUGUGUCGAUCAUGGUGGUCGGAAAGCUUGUGGUGCUUAACCUCUUCAUUGCCUUGCUGCUCAAUUCCUUCAGCAAUGAGGAGAAGGAUGGGAACCCUGAAGGGGGGACCAGGAAAACCAAAGUGCAGCUGGCUCUGGAUCGGUUCCGCCGGGCCUUUGCCUUUGUGGCGCACACGCUUCAGAAUUUUUGCUGCAAGAAAUGUAGGAGACAAAAUUCACCAAAGCCAAAAGAGACUCCAGGAAGUUUUGACAGUGAGAAUGAAGACGUCAUCCCCUUGGAUACAAAGCCCUGGAAGGAGUUUGAUGCACAAAUGACUUUGGACACUGGGCAUGACAGGGCUCACUUGGCCCCGCUUGCAGAGGAAGAGGAUGACAUUGAAUGCCAUGAUGAACUCAGAGCCUCACCCGUCUCACAGGUUAGUGCUGAAGUUCAGACCUGUGACGUCCCUCUGGAGACCAAGCAGCCCACCAGCCCAGAUGAUCCAGGUGUUUUGGAAAUGGAAGUGUUCUCUGAAGAAGACCUGCAUAAGAGUGCUCGGAAGAAGUCUGAUGCUGUGAGUGUGCUCUCAGAAUGCAGCACGAUUGACCUGAAUGAUGUCUUUAGAAAUUUACCAGGAACAGAUCUCCCCAAAAGGCAACCAGACAGGUGCUUGCCCAAAGGCCUCAGUUGUCAUUUUCUAUGCCACAAAACAGACAAGAGAAAGUCCCCCUGGGUUGUGUGGUGGAAUCUUCGGAAAACCUGCUACCAAAUCGUGAAGCACAGCUGGUUUGAGAGUUUUAUAAUCUUUAUCAUCCUGCUGAGCAGUGGAGCACUGAUAUUCGAAGAUUUCAAUAUCUCCACACGGCCUAAAAUUGAGCAAUUACUAAGGUGUACUGAUAAUAUUUUUACAUUUAUUUUUAUUUUGGAAAUGAUUCUAAAAUGGGUGGCCUUUGGAUUUCGGAAGUAUUUCACCAGUGCCUGGUGCUGGCUUGAUUUCCUCAUUGUAAUCGUAUCUGUGGUCAGUCUCGCGAACUCACCAAGCUUGAAGUCCUUCCGGACUCUGCGAGCACUGAGGCCUUUGCGGGCGCUGUCUCAGUUUGAAGGAAUGAAGGUUGUGGUCAAUGCCCUCAUCAGUGCCAUACCCGCCAUUCUCAAUGUCUUGCUGGUCUGCCUCAUUUUCUGGCUCAUAUUUUGCAUCCUGGGAGUAAAUUUUUUUUCUGGGAAAUUUGGAAGAUGCAUUAAUGGGACAGAUAGAAAUGGAUACAUCAGUCACACCAAAAUUCAAAACCGAAGCCAAUGUGAAGGUAGCAAAUACUUGUGGGAGGUCCCGAAAGUCAACUUUGACAAUGUGGGGAAUGCCUACCUCGCUCUGUUGCAAGUGGCAACAUACAAGGGCUGGCUGGACAUUAUGAAUGCAGCUGUUGAUUCCAGAGGGAAAGAUGAGCAGCCGAGCUUUGAGGCGAAUCACCUUGCGUAUCUUUACUUCGUGGUUUUUAUCAUCUUUGGUUCCUUCUUCUCCCUGAACCUCUUCAUUGGAGUUAUUAUUGACAACUUCAACCAGCAGCAGAAAAAGAUAAGUGGCCAAGACAUUUUUAUGACAGAAGAACAGAAGAAAUACUACAAUGCAAUGAAAAAGUUAGGAACCAAGAAACCUCAAAAACCCAUCCCAAGGCCACUGAACAAAUGUCAAGCCUUUGUGUUCGACCUGGUUACAAGCCAGGUCUUUGAUGUCAUCAUUUUGGGUCUUAUUAUCCUAAAUAUGGUUAUCAUGAUGGCUGAAUCUGAAGGCCAGACCCACCAAGUGAAGAAAAUCUUUGAUAUUCUCAACAUAGCCUUUGUGGUCAUCUUUACCAUAGAGUGUCUCAUCAAAAUCUUUGCUUUGAGGCAGUACUACUUCACCAAUGGCUGGAAUUUAUUUGAUUGUGUGGUCGUGGUUCUUUCUAUCAUUAGUACCUUGGUUUCUGGCCUGGAGCACAGUAACAUUCCUUUCCCACCCACGCUCUUCAGAAUCGUUCGCUUGGCGAGGAUUGGCCGAAUCCUCAGACUGGUUCGUGCGGCCCGAGGCAUCAGGACGCUCCUCUUUGCCUUGAUGAUGUCUCUCCCCUCUCUCUUCAACAUUGGUCUGUUGCUCUUCCUGGUCAUGUUCAUUUAUGCCAUCUUUGGGAUGAACUGUUUUUCCAAAGUGGAGAACGGCUCUGGAAUCGAUGACAUCUUCAACUUUAAAACGUUUUCAGGCAGCAUGCUCUGUCUCUUCCAGAUAACCACUUCAGCUGGCUGGGAUGCUCUCCUUAGCCCCAUGCUGGAUUACAAACCCUCCAACUCCUCCUCUCGUGACAGCUGUCAGCAGCCACUGAUAGCCAUAAUCUACUUCGUCAGUUACAUCAUCAUCUCCUUUCUCAUCGUGGUCAACAUGUACAUUGCCGUGAUCCUGGAGAACUUCAAUACGGCCACAGAAGAAAGCGAGGACCCUUUGGGUGAAGAUGACUUUGAAAUCUUCUAUGAGAUCUGGGAGAAGUUUGAUCCUGAAGCGACACAGUUCAUCCAGUACUCGGCUCUCUCUGACUUUGCUGAUGCUCUGCCUGAGCCGUUGCGUGUGGCCAAGCCGAACAAGUUUCAGUUUCUAGUGAUGGAUCUGCCCAUGGUGACCGGUGAUCGCCUCCACUGCAUGGAUGUUCUCUUUGCCUUCACCACCAGGGUCCUCGGGAACUCUAGUGGCUUAGAUACCAUGAAGGCAAUGAUGGAGGAGAAGUUCAUGGAGGCCAAUCCUUUCAGAAAGUUGUAUGAGCCCAUCGUCAGCACCACCAAGAGAAAGGAGGAGGAGCUGUGUGCCGCUGUCAUCCAAAGGGCCUUCCGGAAACACAUGGAGAAGGUGAUCAAGCUGAAGCUACGAGAUAGGUCAAGUUCAUCACACCAAACAUUUUGCAAUGGAGACUUGUCUAGCUUGGAUAUGGCCAAGGUCAAGGUUCACUAUGACUGAGCUCUCACCUUCACCCCUACCUCACAGCCUCACAGCUUAGCCUCCAGCCUCUGAGCUCUGGGGAGCCAUAGCUCAGCCUACGAACAAGCAGUGGACUCCCUGAACGAGUCAUUCAUUUGUUUUCUGUGCUAAAAGAGGUGAUACAUAUAUAUUAGUGUUCAUUUAAAAAUGAUGCUCGAAGGAAUUUAAGAUAAGGCUACCCAGGAACCACUGGGGCUGGUUUAAUGAAGAAAGACAUGGAAAGGGCACAAAAGACGUCCACAGUAAUGGUAGGCUUGAAAUACAGUUCAAAUUAUGUAAAUAUAAAAGGAUGAGAAGGAAAAAAUCACAUGAAAAUCUUAGGUUGUGUUCUCGGUAUAUUUCCCAAGGUGUCUAUUUAAUUUUUCAUGUCUCUUUUGCAUGUUAAAUGAAAAGUCAAAACCUGCAAUAAGCAAAUAGCUUGUUGCAUUUGUCUCUACCAGCUCUAAGUAUUUUGGGUGUAUAGCUCAAACCAGAAGCAUGAUCCUGACUUGUCAGUUAGCACCAUCUUCAGAAGCUCUGAUCUGUCACGGGUGUCUAACAAAUAA